AUGAGCUAUGAUCACAUGAUGCUGAAAACGUCUCACCCUGCUAAAUCACUUGUUCUUACUAACCCUACCACUGACCACUGUAAAGUCAUUCUUGAUGUGAUGUUUGAACCUCUGCGACGCAAUCUGGCACUAAAAACCAAAGAUUCAAUCAAUUUUGAUUCCACUUUGAAUGACAUUAAGGCGGACUUACCUGAUAUAUUAACAAUAACAGACCCUUCUGAAGCUGCCCAGAGCUGGAGCCGUCUCUAUCCGAGCACUGAGCAAAACCUGGCAGACCAAGUUCGGUACGUCCUGCGCUCCAACAUAUUUGGUGACGCCGAACUCAAACGACUACGACGUGAGGCUGUUCUCUCAUCGAAUGGAAACGGUACGGCUGGGAAUGCGGCGCAGCAAACUGCAUAUGUGGAUGCUGCCGUCAAUAUUCCAUUUGUGGUUAAUUCAGACGAUGAUGGAAUAUUCUCCCACGAACUAGAGAAAAUGAGGAGUAUAUUGGAAGAGUCAAUGCUGGAAACGCGCAGCAUGCUUCUCGAAAAUCGACAGCGACUUCCCCUCAUACCACUUAGCAAGCGAAAUCGGGCUGUCGUGCAGGCUCUUAACCCAAUGCUGGUGACCUAUUUGGAAGCCAACCGGGACCUUUGCGAGAUCGACUCAAUUCCUUUUGGCGCCGCACUGGCAGUAUGCCGUAUUAUUGACACCAAACUUCUCAUGGCUGGACGUGCUACUCAACAAAGUAGCGCCAUCCCAGCCUGGAGAAAAAGAAUCAAGGAUCGUAUCGCAAAGGCAAGGGCCCUUAUCGGCAGACUGACAAGCUUCAGGUCGGGUAAUAAUAAAACCGAGAGUUGUGCGCAUCGUUAG